GACUUCAUUUGAAUUUUGAAUUUAAUUUGUGAUUAGCAUUGCUUUUGUCAGUUCGAUUUGAAUAAUGAAAAAAAGGAUUAGUUAAUUUGAUGUUGCGAUUAUUGUGUUACAAAAAAAAUAAUCAUGUCGAGUCCAAGAAAUUCCUGCGACGAUGUGACUAAAAGGGAUAUACCCUCUUUUAUAGAGGCCAGACAGCCACUUAUUACGAAUCCUUACUUGAGGCCUAGACCUACCUAUGGAAAGAAUCUCUAUGACCUUCUGGAGGAUUCUGAUUGUGAUGAAGCGGAAUUAGUGCAAGUUUAUUUAAGGCUGAAGCCGUGCAAUCAACACAGUAACUUGUACGAAGUGCGUUCAGAGCGGUCUUUGAUAACUUCUUUGGAUACAACAACCGCCGGUCACGGGAGACGUACACAGCAUAAUGUGUCCAAACUGUAUACGUUUACGCAUAUUUUUGGGCCCCAAUCUGAUCAAACAGAUAUAUUUGAACAAGUCGUCAAGAACAACCUUAAAAAGUUACCUGAUGGAAGUAGUUUCACACUCUUAACUUAUGGUGCUUCUGGUUCUGGAAAAACCUUCACCUUAAUGGGAACGGUUACAGCUCCCGGUUUAGUGCCCAGGUCUUUAGAGUAUGUAUUCAAACUGGUAGACGCUGCACAGCAACCACUAUAUAAACCUGGUGAAAGAGGAGCUGAAACACUGAGUUGUACAGAACAGGACUACGAGUUAAAGUGGGUAAAAAGACUGAGGCAGCUAUCAGCUCCCGUGAGGGACAAAUACAAACGUAUGAGCAUCCAGCUUGGGCAAAAUCUGACUAGCAGUAAUGUAGACUUAACAAAAAUACAGAGACAUUAUGUCUGGGUGUCAUUCAUAGAAAUUUAUAAUGAAUCCAUAUAUGACCUUCUGGUACCGGGCGACCGAAGGCAUGCAAACAAACUUGCUAUACGAGAAGAUAGCAGUGGCAAUGUCUAUGUCAAGGGAGCAACGCAAGCAUUCGUUCGGUCUGGCGAGGAGGCGUACGACGUCAUGGUGGCCGGCAAGCACAACCUGCAGGUGGCCGCCACCGGCAUACACGCGCAGUCGUCUCGCUCGCACUGCAUCUUCACCAUCACCAUGCUGACGGAGACAGAGAGCGGCAUGCGCAGCGCGCACGUGCGCUUGUGCGACCUGGCGGGGUGCGAGCGCGCGUCGCGUACGCGCAACACGGGCGCGCGCAUGCAGGAGUCGCGCGCCAUCAACUCGUCGCUGCACGUGCUCGAGCGCUGCCUGCGCACGCUGCGCCGGAAGCGGAACGUCGCUGCCGUCGUGCCGUACAGGGAGUCGAAGCUGACUCGGCUGCUGGGCUCUGGUCUGUCCGGCACGCGCGGCGAGGCGGUCAGCAUGGUGGUGACGGUCAACCCCGCCCCCGAGUACGCCAACGAGACGCGCCACGUGUUGCAACUUGCUGCAGUCGCCAAAGAUAUACAGAUCAACGACACAACAUCAGAGUACCCGAGCACAUUGGAAAGUACUCAAAGCAUUCAAGACUCUAUUUUGGGACACAACAGUUACGAAAUGAUGAAGCUCCGGUCAGAGAAUGAAAGACUACUGUUUGAAUUGAAACAAGCGCAGGUUCGCUACGAUGAACUAAAAGCCACUAUGGACGAAGUACAGGCUGCUAACUCGAAAAACUUGUGGGAAAUUAAAGAAGAGACCAAGGAGAUGUAUACAGACUAUUACGAAGGCCAACUAAAAGCACUGCAGGAUAAGAUGGAUGAAAUGGCCGAAGAAUAUGAAAGUAGACAGGCUUCAGUGACUCAGUCCACUGUGACGGACGAUUGUGUUAAGCUAUUAGAGAACCAGAUCACUGAGCUUAUGAAAGAACGCGCCAUACUAGAGGAAAACCUGUCUGCUGAACGUUUAGCACGAGAGAGACUUGAGCAGGAGAUGCAACAUCUGAGAGCGUGCAUCGAAGAGAGAGAUGCAAAUACUGACACAAGUUCAGAAGAAAAUGAAGAUGUCGUAUCACUAACUGAUAGUGAUGACAGUGAUUUCGAAGAUGAUACAAACACCGAAAGCCUAGAACCGACAUUCACUAAGGAAGAUAUAAAUCGUUCUAGAAUUAUAAGACAAAGUAUGAUUUUGAAUGGAAAUAGUUUUAUCAUUGAACCUAAUAUUAAUGAAGAAGAUGAUGAUUUGAUUGAUAAUGAUGAUAAAUUAAAUGAUAGUACUGAUGGUAAAAAUGUAAACAGCCCUACUAGAUCUAAUGACAGUGAUGGAAGUAUUAUGUAUGAUAACGAAAUUAUAGCCACAGUCAAAAAAGCAAGUGCCGUUUCUCGAUGUACAUACAUUGUUGAUCAAGUAAAUGAUAUAGAAAUCACUAAAACACAGCGAGAUCUGACUCUUGAAUCUCAUAGUACAACAACUUCUGAAUAUCUUGAUGCUUCUGCAAACGAUAAAUCGCAAGAUGCUGCAAUAAAUAACAAAGAUCAACAAAUUAGCAAAGCACAACGACCUCAUAGUCGCGAAACUUAUUGCGUGCCAAAUCCGGAAGUUAACAUGUCUGCAAGCUGUACAUUCCAAAAACAAAUUGGUAUAACAGACAAUCAAGAAAACCCCACCAAUAAAACGUCUCUUAGUCGUGAAAAGUAUUGUGUGCUUCCAGAUGUUUUAAGUAAUAGUAAAAAUGAUUUAACAAAAGAACCUAUUGAAACAAAAUAUCAAGGGCAAGAAAUACUUAAACCGCAACGACCAUUGAGUCGGGAAACAUAUUGUGUGCCAAACUCCGAAGAUUUUAAUGUUUCUGAAAAUGGAGAAAUUGCAACAAACAAUGAAGAAUUUACUAAAACGCAACGACCUCUCAGUCGGGAUACUUAUUGUGUGCCACCUGUUCACAAUGAAGCUCAAAAUGACUUAUUACUAACACAGGUUGUCACAAUAAAACAUGCUGAAAAGGAUAUUAACAAAGCAAAGCGACUUCUCAGCCGUGAAACCUAUUGUGUACCCUCUGAAGCUAUUUCUGAUGAGUUUCAACAACAAGACGACCCUACUCUAAAUACACGUAAAGAUGACACUUCUACAAGCUUUGAUAAUGUUCACGAUAUUCAUUUAGAUCAACAGAAACAAAAAAGUAAAUCUGUAAAGAAAAAUAAUGAAACUGUGGAUUCAUUAAAAGAUAAUAUGCCCGAAAUCACUUUAAAAUCAGAAACACAAAAUGAUAAACGUAGCACACACAAUAUAUUACCUAAUGCAUACGUUAGUAAGAUGAUGGGUUCUUUAAAACAAUCAUCAGUGUGCAAUGAAUCAUUGGUACAGUUUGAACGUUUGGAGAUGGAAACAAAUGUAAAUGAGACUGACAAAGAGAGAAUGACUAAAGAGUUUUAUUAUAUUAAACACAAUAAAGAGUCAAGAAAGUACUUUGACGAAGGCGAUAAUAAAAAAUGUAGCGAAAUUGCUGCCAUGGGAAUUAAACAUAAGGAUAGUCAAAUACAAAUCAAAGACAAAAAGCGUUUCUUCGAAAAUAUCGAUGCAAAAACUGAAAUGACGACCAAAAUUAAACAAACAGAAGAAAUAGUAAAUGAUUUACCGUCACUAUCGAAAACGACACCAAAUGACCAUGAACCUAGUAUGAUUAAGAAGUUAUUAGUAAAAAGUAUACAACCUAAAACAGAACUUUCUUCAAAAGCUCAUGACUCUCUUGACAUUUUUGAAGAAUUAGAUUCUCCUGGAAUCAAAAACGAUAAUGUUCAAACUCAUAUUAUCUUUGCAAAAAAUGUAAAUAAUAAUUCUGACGACAAGAUUGUGACAUCAAACACAAAUGACAUUAAUACAGAUUCUAUUAAAGUAACUAAAACAAAUUGCACUAAUGAUACAGAUGAUUUAGAAAUAAAGAGUUCAAAAAAAGAAGCCGCAGUUGACAACAUUAAAGACAGUUCUCCUGAAAUUAAAAAUAUUAAUAAUUUAGUAAAAGAAAAAUCUAAAACAGAAAUCGUAGCUCAUAGUAAUGAGAGUAUCACAACUCCAGUUGAAGUAAUGACUAACGAUACUUCUGAACUGACUAACAGUAGUAAAAACAAUACAACUGUAGAAUUUGAAAAUAUAUUUAAAGACAUCACAGCACCAAGAGCUACGGAAUUCGAUCUAUUAGUUUCCCAAGAUGAUAUUAAGGAUGACACUAAUGAGAACUCUGAAAUAGAAAAUGUAAAGUAUAAUUUGCGAAAUAAAACCAAGGUAGAAAUACCAAAAACGGAAAGAAAAUCAAGAAGGAACAAAUUAUUGGAAGAAGAAGUACUUUUGGAAAGUCAUUCUAAAUGUGAGAGUAAAUCAAAACCACCAAGAAUGAAUUUAAGAUUACGUAGAAAUAAGACUAAUUCAGAGGACAAUGAUGGAAAAGAUACUUUAAAAGACAUAGUGAAUCUGCAGUCUGAGUUCUCUGAUGUCACAAUGGAUAUCCCAGCGCCAGUGAAAAUGACGAAGGACAUGCCAACGCCUGAAAAAGUAGAAAAUCAAGAAAAUUCUCCUGUAAUGCCGCUCACUCUCUCUCAGGCAAAAAGUGUAACACGUAGCCGCAGAAAGUUGUUCACUCCCCGGGCAGAGCCCCUGGAGGAGACUGUGGCUGAGACGGGAGACAGCACUGACAAAGUGCACAUCCAACGACCUUCCUACCAUCGUCCUAGGGCUCGACGCAAGCUGUAAAUCAGAAGAGAGAUCAAUAACCAUAAAGUUUUAAUUAAUGUAAUUUAUAUAUAUAUAUAUCAUUGUAAUACUUUAAUAAAUUUAUAUAUAAAAAUGGAAAAA